CCUUAGAAGAAGAAAUUGCUCUCCAAACACGCGAGGCACACGUUAGCCUUCGACCCACUCCCCCCUUCCUUCUCACGCAUUUUAGUACUUUAAACACUUUCACUAGAUAACGCCGAGACUCUCUCUCUCUCUCUCUCUCUCGCUCUCUCUCUCUCUGUUGCAAAAUUUCCCAACAAUUUUUUUAAAAUCUUUUUAUUAGUUCUUAUAUUUCUUUGCAUAAUCUCAAAGAUUACGAUUUUUUCUUUGUACAAUUGAAUUACUUGUAGAAUUCUCCAAGACUCUGUCACCCUCUCUUUUUUGGAAAUUUUCCCAUAAAUUUGAAAAGAAAACAUUCUUUUUUAUUAUUUCAUGUUCUUGCUUUCCGUAAUCAAAGAUUACAAUUUUGUAUAAAAUUGUUUUAUAUUACUCUCUCUCUCUCUCUGUGCGCGCGCGCUCUGAAGCAGUUCUGAGAGAGCGAGCAGAUCCCUAUUCUAACAAACUCCAUCUAUUCGACCUUGUCGAUUGAUUUCUAUAACAUUCUCUCUCUCUCUCUCUCUCUCUCUCUCUCUCUCUCUCUCUCUCUCAUUCGAGUUCGUUGUCUGCCUAUCGGGAAAAUAGACGUGUUCAGACCCUAUUAUUGCGAUUGCUCUGUUUCUAGCAAAAUUAGGGUUUAUGGGUGUUUAUGUGACCGGAGUUCUGGUGUGACUUUCAAGGGCUUUGGAGUCUCCCAAUCCCAAUUCCAAGUCGUGGGCAUUUGAUUAUUUCUUUUUUAGUAAGAAUGAUAAUCAAGCGGAAUUUGAAAUCUCAAAUGCCGAGUCUGAAAAGGAGUAAACUCGGUAACUUGUCGGGUGAGGACGAAGAGAACUUGGCCGUGACUCGUAAAAAGAGGAAGACUAGGAACAACUCCAAGAAAAAUGGGUAUUACCCUCUCAAUCUUCUUGGAGAAAUCGCUGCCGGCAUAAUCCCCAUGGGCUUCCAAGGGAUAAUCAGCUCGGAGAAGGGGUUUUCUGCUACGUGGUGCCCCGAAUUGUCGUUCUCCCACGGGGAAGUCGAGUCGGAAAAGCAGGUCCGGAAUUUGACAAGAGCGAAGGUGAAAAGCAAUCGUACAGUUGCGGCUGAGGUUCCACGGCCGCCACUGGUGAAAACAUCUCGGGGCCGAGUUCAGGUACUUCCUUCACGCUUUAAUGAUUCGGUUAUCGAGGAUUGGAGGAAAGACAGUAAGACUAGUGGGCGUGAUUAUGGUUUUGAUGAAGAUACUGAAUGCAAAAAAGAUAAAUUUAGCUUUAGCAGGACAAAAAUGGGUAGUCAGGAUGUGAAAAGAACUAUAUACGAUGAGAAACCCAGGCUCAAUUGUAGGAAAAAUGCGACAUUGUGUGAUGAAGAGGAGGAGGAAGAGGAAAAAGGGUAUGUGGGGUUUAAGAAUUUCAAUCAUAUUAGGAAGUAUUCGAGUUUGCGGUAUACAAUGACAUUGGCAAACGAGCAGUUGGGAGAAGAUAGAAGAUGCCCGAUUGAGGAAAUUGAGGAAGAGGUUGAGUUUUUGGAGAAUGAUAGGAGGAAAGACGGUUUGUAUGGGCCGGAGGACUUCUAUUCAAGUGACAUAGUGUGGGCAAAGCCGGGGAAGAAGGAGCCGUAUUGGCCUGCCAUUGUGAUUGAUCCAAUGACACAAGCGCCUGAAUUGGUUUUGAGGUCUUGUAUCGCGGAUGCAGCCUGUGUGAUGUUUUUUGGGUACUCUGGAAAUGAGGAUCAAAGGGAUUAUGCAUGGGUCAAGCGUGGGAUGAUUUUUCCCUUUAUGGAUUAUGUAUACAGGUUCCAGGAGCAGUCCGAAUUGAUUGGCUGCAAGGCAUGUGAAUUUCAGAUGGCUAUGGAAGAGGCACUUUUGGCAGAAAAUGGGUUUACGGAGAAGUUGAUAGCAGAUAUAAAUAUUGCAGCUGGGAACACAACUUUUGAUGAAUCUCUUCAGCUUAGGGGGGUUGAAGAAGCUACUUGUUCAACCCAGGAUCUGGACUGUCACUAUGCCAACCAGGCAAGCUGCUUCCCGAAUGUAUUCGGGAAGAAGAAAGCCACACGUCCUUGUGAAGGCUGUGGUAUGCGUCUUCCUUUCAAAAUGACAAAGAAAAACAAGAAUGCUAUUCCUGGAGGCCAAUUCUUAUGUAAAACAUGUGCCAGGUUAACAAAAUCAAAUCAUCAUUGUGGCAUAUGCAAGAAGAUUUGGAAUCAUCCAGACAGUGGAAGUUGGGUACGCUGUGAUGGUUGUAAAGUCUGGGUGCAUGCUGAGUGCGGCAAAAUUUCCAGUAACCAUUUUAAGAAUCUGGGUGGAACUGAUUAUUAUUGCCCGACUUGCAAAGCAAAGUUUGAUUUUGAAUUAUCAGAUUCCGGAAAGUCAGAACAGUCAGAGAUAAAACUCAAAUGGAACAAAAAUAAUGGUCAAUUGGUUCUGCCUAAGAAGGUUUCUGUGUUCUGCAACGACAUGGAAGGCAUAUAUUUUCCAAGUCUUCACUUAGUCAUCUGCAAGUGUAGGUUCUGUGGGACAGAAAAGCAAGCACUUACCGACUGGGUAAAACAUACAGGUUCCAAAUUGAAAAAUUGGAGGACUAGUGUUAGGGUGAAAGGUUCCAUGCUGUCACUGGAACAAUGGAUGCUGCAGUUGGCAGAUUAUCAUGCAAAUGCCCUUGUCUCUGUAAGGCCUCCUAAAAAACCUUCCAUAAAAGAACGAAAGCAGAAGUUGCUUACAUUUUUGCAAGAGAAGUAUGAACCUGUUUAUGCUAAGUGGACAUCGGAGCGAUGUGCUGUAUGUAGAUGGGUAGAAGAUUGGGACUAUAAUAAAAUUAUCAUCUGCAACCGAUGUCAAAUAGCUGUUCAUCAAGAGUGCUAUGGAGCCAGAAAUGUUAGGGAUUUGACUUCAUGGGUUUGCAAAGCAUGUGAAACACCUGAAGUCAAGAGGGAGUGCUGCCUUUGCCCUGUAAAAGGAGGUGCUCUAAAGCCAACUGAUGUCGACACAUUGUGGGUUCAUGUCACAUGCGCUUGGUUUCGACCUGAAGUUUCUUUUGCCAGUGAUGAAACAAUGGAGCCAGCUCUUGGGAUCUUGUGCAUACCAUCUAAUUCAUUUGUGAAGAUUUGUGUAAUUUGUAAGCAAAUUCAUGGUUCGUGCACACAAUGUUGCAAGUGUUCCACUUAUUUCCAUGCCAUGUGUGCAUCGAGAGCAGGGUAUCGCAUGGAGUUGCAUAGCUUGGAGAAGAAUGGUAGACAGAUCACGAAGAUGGUUUCUUAUUGUGCAUACCACAGGGCUCCAAAUCUGGAUACUGUUUUGAUUAUCCAAACUCCUCUCGGGGUAUUUUCUGCCAAAAGCCUUCUCCAAAAUAAGAAGAAGGCUGGGUCAAGGUUAAUUUCAUCUAACAGAAAAAAGAUCGAACAGAUACCCACAGAAGAAACUGCUGAACUAGAGCCUUUCUCAGCUGCUAGGUGUAGAAUCUUUAAAAGAUUGAACAAUAACAAGAAGAGGGUAGAGGAUGAAGCCAUUGCCCACAAAGUGAUGGGUCCCUGUCAUCAUCCUUCAGGAGCGAUACGAAGUUUGAACAUCUUCAGACAGGUACUAGACGAGCCUAAAACCUUUUCUUCUUUCAGGGAACGACUCUACCACUUACAGAGAACCGAAAAUGAUAGGGUUUGCUUUGGUAGAUCCGGUAUACAUGGAUGGGGCCUUUUUGCACGUAGAAACAUUCAAGAAGGAGAAAUGGUUCUUGAAUAUCGUGGUGAACAAGUUAGGCGUAGUGUUGCAGAUCUAAGGGAGGCACGCUACAGAUUUGAAGGCAAGGACUGCUACCUCUUUAAGAUCAGUGAAGAGGUUGUGGUGGAUGCCACGGAGAAAGGAAACAUUGCACGCCUUAUCAACCAUUCGUGUAUGCCCAAUUGCUAUGCGAGAAUCAUGAGUGUGGGUGAUGACGAAAGCCGGAUUGUACUUAUUGCUAAGACCAACGUGUCUGCUGGUGACGAGCUGACGUAUGACUACUUGUUUGAUCCUGAUGAACCUGAUGAAUUUAAAGUGCCUUGUUUAUGUAAAGCUCCAAACUGCCGGAAAUUCAUGAAUUAGGAUGAUACACACUGCAUGCCCCAUUGUUUCUCCGCAAGGAACGCUAACCCAUUCCCUCUCUAGUGGGAUCUCACACUCGUACAAAAUUUGUAAUUUCCAUUUUUGUUGAGGAAAGAAAAGGGAAAAAUGCCAUUUAUGUAUUUUUUUUUUUCUUUUUCUUUUUUUGUUUCUUUAAUUUUAUUUUCUCUUGACAAUCUUUAGAGCUUAAUAAAAAAAAGCUUUAAUUCC